AAAAAAGCGUGUUUCUCGUGUGGACAGCGAUCUCGGUCCUAUCUGCAAACUACGGGAUUCAUAUAAAUAUCUGCAAGACACCUUAUGUCCAAUACGUUACUCCCUGAACUUGCACCUGACACAGAAGGCGACCAUCUGGAUAUGGCUCCUCUCUCAACAUCGCAAGCAGUAGCUGUUUACUGUGCAGCAUCUCUAGGAAAGCGUCCAGCCUUUCAACUCGCUGCUUUGUCUCUAGGACAUGCCCUCGCAGCGGCGAAGCGGCCAUUGGUCUACGGUGGUGGUAAUAGCGGUAUCAUGGGCAUCAUAUCAGGCGCCGUCAUGGAGUCUGAGGAAGGUCAAGUGACUGGCAUCAUCCCAUAUGCCAUAUUCGCCGCUGGCGGAGAGAAAGACAAGGGCAAUGGAGUUCCUACUACGUCUACUGUAUCUGCCGUACUCGAUGAGUCACGGCG